UGUCGGUUAACUAGUGAUACUUCAACGUACCGCGUCUUCUCAGUCUGCGUGAACGUUUGUUCGGAAACCUCUGCCGUCACAUUUUCUCCCCUGAUAUAUUUAUAAUUUAAUCAUCAAUUCAACUCUCCGCAUCACACGGGAACCUCCAGUGUAAUGCUGCGUGGAGCAAAGACAUCUGCACCACGUAAACAAAGAUAUAAUCCCAUAAGCUCAUAGUGGACACAGACAUUUGGCACACCUACACAAAUUCCCAGAGAGUCAUGAGCUCACACAAGAGACCUGUCCGGCCUCAGACGGAUUCUGAUGUCAGUUCCUCCUUGGUCCGUGACCCGAUCAGACCAGGUCAGGAGGAGGGUGCCAGUCUCCUGAUCAAGCUGAUGGAGUUGCCUGUGGCCCGCAUGUCCCGACAGCAACUAAAAAGGUUGGAGGAGCAUCAAUACAGAAGUGCAGGAUGCUCCCUCCUUGAUCCCGUCAUGCAGGGAUACUGGUGCUGGUUGGUCAGCAAAGUGCCUCUCUGGAUGGCCCCAAACCUCAUCACCAUAGUGGGUCUCGCUACCAAUAUUAUCAGUACUCUGAUACUGGUGUAUUACUGCCCAACUGCCACCGAACAGGCACCAACAUGGGCAUACUUAGCCUGUGCUGUGGGUCUGUUCAUCUACCAAUCAUUGGAUGCCAUAGAUGGGAAGCAGGCAAGACGGACCAAUAGCAGCACACCUCUGGGCGAGCUCUUUGACCAUGGCUGUGACUCCCUAUCUACAGUUUUUGUGGUCCUGGGCACAUGUAUUGCAGUUCAGCUGGGUACCCACCCUGACUGGAUGUUCUUCUGUUGUUUUGUUGGCAUCUUCAUGUUUUAUUGUGCCCACUGGCAGACAUAUGUUUCUGGAACGCUGCGCUUUGGCAUAAUUGAUGUGACUGAGGUACAAAUCUACAUUAUAAGCUUGUACUUACUGGCUGCCUUUGGAGGAACAGCUUUAUGGCAAUUUGUGAUUCCUGUGAUAAAUAUCCAGAUUAAAAUAAUACCUGCCCUUUGCACUCUUGUGGGUGCCAUAUUUUCCUGCACCAACUACUUCCGGGUUAUAUUCACCGGUGGAAUGGGUAAAAACGGAUCCACUAUUGCAGGAACAAGCGUGUUAUCUCCAUCCUUCCAUAUAGGAGUGCUUAUGACACUUGCUCUAAUGAUCUAUAAGAAGUCUUCGGUGCAGCUCUUUGAGAAACAUCCCUGUCUGUACAUCUUAGCAUUUGGGUUCGUCUCAGGCAAACUCACCAACAGAUUGGUGGUUGCUCAUAUGACAAAAAGUGAAAUGCAUUGUAAUGAUUCAGCCUUUGUGGGACCAGCGCUGCUGUUUCUGAAUCAGUACUUCAACAGUUUCAUUAAUGAGUACUGUCUUCUCUGGGUCGCUCUGCGAGGGCUGUGCGCUCUCCCUUUGGCUGUGGUUAUCUGGUCUUCGGCAACAUUCCUCCUCUCGUAUGCCACAGCGGUGGUGUUGGGCCAUGCCGACCUGCUCAUUCCAUACAUUAGUGACACAGGCAUUGAGGUUCCUGAGCGCUGCGUGUUUGGCUUCAUGCUGUCAAUCUCAGCUUUCUUAGGUUUGGGCACUAUGUAUGUGCGAUAUAAACAAGUUCAGGCUUUGAUUUUGGCCUCUGAGUCAAGUUUACAGUUGCUCAACUACACAGCUCUUCUCUUGGGCAUCUUCAGCACUGUUGGGAUGUGUGUUGUCGCCAACUUCCAGAAAACAGAUAUGAUAUCCAUCCACCUUUUGGGGGCGGGGCUGACCUUUGGCCCAGCUAUGUUCUAUAUCCUGGUUCAGACUGGCAUGUCAUACCGAAUGCAGCCCCGUUUCCAUGGCAGGGAUAUUCUGUGGGCACGCAUGGCUGUGGCAAUGUGGUCUCUCGUUAGCAUAAUUACAUUAUUCAUAUCCUCUGUGUUAAUGCAUGAUGACCAGUCUGAUGUGGAUGUGGCCAAGAAGUUACACUGGCAACCCGAAGAGAGUGGUUUCAUAGCACACCAGGUCAGCGCUGCAGCUGAGUGGUCUCUGGCAUUCUCCUUCAUCAGUUUCUUCCUCACUUACAUUCGUGAUUUCCAGAAAAUAAAUCUGCGGGUUCAGCCUAUACUUCAGAGUAACCAUCUUUAUGAGCAGCUUCACUAUCAAGGGAGAGAGCAAGUCCAGCAAGGAGAAUGCUCACCCCUAUUGGCUGCCACAAUCUGAGAAACUCUGCCAUCAUAUGUCUGAUAUUUAACACUGCAGUGGACAUUUAAUAUGUCUUUAUUUCAAGAGACACGUUUUCCCUCACAAAUCUGAGUAUUCCAGGAGAGAAAGAGCACCCUUUUUGGUGCUCAUCCUGCAGCUACAUCCUUCUUUUUAGUUUACGUCACCGCCAAGAACCCUGAUUUGCUAUUUGUUAA